AUGGCCUCCGCCUGCAUAUCAACUAAUUGCGUUAACGAAAUUGCCAAAGCACCAGUAAGAGUAACAUACGUGAACCUGUAUAAAUGGCCAGACUCUGAUGCUGAGUUCAUAAAAUCAGUCGUCAGCCCAAGGAUAAACAACCACAAUAGCAACAUUGAGUGCAGUCAUCCCAAUAAUCCAAAGAGUCGCAGUACUAAAGAUUAUAUAAAUGGAUUUAGAAAGGCUAAGGAGAUAUCAUGCACUGCUUUGUUUUCCAUUUUUCGUAGGUUAUUAUCUUGCACAGUCAAGGUUGAUGUGGUUGAUUAA